AUGAGCGUACCGCCUGUAAAUCAAAAUAGUCAACCCAUAACGGUUGCUAACAAUUUGAACAUUCCUUCAUCGGAUGUUCCAUCCGAUGCCCCAAAGCCGAUUACUGAAGUGGCUACCAGCUAUCCCACCGAACAGGAGUUGAAACAGCGAGGACAGACGAUUCCUGUUACUGUGGUUCCUCCCGAAACUGCUUCUCAGUACUAUCAACCCAAUAUGCCUUCUGUCACACCUAUAUCUCCAUCCUCUGUAUCAUAUGUCAGUUCCACAGCUCAGCCCUCUCCAAACGGAGCUGUUUUUCCACCUAUCAACCAGCCUGUGAUGACUGAACCUCCUCUCACGGGUCCUUCUGCUCAAUGUUCCGCAACUCCCAGCAUCUACUCUUCAACCCCCUCUGUCCAACCAGCCGGUGUGUCCUAUGCGGCUCCUCCCCCUCCAGGCUAUGAUCCCAACUAUCCAGCAGGUUAUCCUCCUAAUUACGUUGCUCCUGCUCCUGCUCCUGCUCCUGCCCCAGGCUACAAUCCUAAUUAUGGAGCUGGAUAUCCUCCUACUUAUGUUCCUCCGAACUACCCAGUGUAUCAGAAUCCGCCACCUCCGGGUGCCGCUCAGCAUGUACAAUGUCCAACGUGUGGGAAGCUUUUGGCGCCUCCACCCGGUGCAGAAUACUUCAAGUGUGUCUGUGGGCAGGUUUUGCGCAGUCCGUACUUUAAUCCUGCGCAGGCUGGUCCGAGAAAAGUGAGAUUGGAUGGAUGUGAUGAUGAUGCCUCGCGUGCUUUGCUGGAGCGCAAUCGGUAUGAAUAUGUGAACGGAGCGUACUCGGCGUGUCCGCCGUAUUCAAACAGAUCGUAUUCGCCGCGAAAGAACAAGAGCGACAUGCUGACGACGGGUGUGACGGUUGGAGUUGGAGUUGCAGCGAUUGCGGCGUUGGGAAUGAUGUUAGGGCAUCAUUAAAGGUUGUUUGUAUAUU